UAUCCAAGAAAAGCAUCGCUGAAGUUGCAUUUGUCUGAUGAAAAAUUGUACGAAUGCGACACGGUAAAUGAUUUACGGUCGAACUUUUUCCCGGCCGAUGUAGGUCAAGUGAUUCGGCGAAAUGACUUGGACAAUGUCCCAAGCUCUAUGGAACCGUCGUACCUCGUUACGUCACCGGAUGAAGUGUAUCCAUCGGUGGCACCGCAUUCGAAUGAAGUCUUCAAUUCACCUGCAGCAGAGCCAUCACCUGAUAGUAACAUGGAGGCAUCGAGUGGUAUAAAAUCACUGGUGGAGUUGUACCCAUUGAUUGAACUACAUUCGAGUGAAACCUUUAACUCAUAUGUUGUGGAGCCAUCACUAGAUAAAAAUGUGGAGCUGGAACACCCACAUCGACCAUCCAGCGACACUGAAGAGAAAACGGGUGCGGGGGAAACCUCCAAAACGAUUUCCAGACAUCCCCCAGAAGAUAAAUCCCCUGAACAGGGAAAAGCCCAGUCGGCCUUCCAGCGCAGACGACAGCUGAUGAGCGACCUGGACGCGAUUACACCGUGCAACGACUGCGACGUUUGGCCCAGGAAUGACAGACGCUGUGGCAGGCUCAGGCAGGUGAACUACGACACCUCGUCUCGCUAUCUCUACGGGGACGUCUCGUCCAACGAUCACGGCCAAGGUGAAGGGCUGGAGGUCAUAGGGACACUGACCAUCGAAUGCUUGGUACCCCCUGUCCAUGGACUAAUUUAUAGGAACCACGUGACAUCUUAGGAUUAUUUCGGUUUGAUGAAAUAAUGUUCGAUUGUAUUGUAUUUAUUUGAUUCAGAAUGAGACGCAAUAGAUAUCAAGUAG